GCAUUGGUUAAUGUGCACGAUGGGGCUGCCCCAACCAAGUCGCAUUGCCAUCAUGGGGGUAACCUCCAGUGGAAAGUCCACGCUAGGAAUGGUCAUCUCCAACAAGCUGGGUGUGCCCUUCAUUGAAUCAGACGCGUUACUGUGGGCGCCGAAGUGGCAAAAAGCGGCUGACUAUGUCCAGAAAAUGACGAUCGCAACCGCUGCGUCGGCGUGGGUGAUGGCUGGUAACACCAGCGAAGUGCGGCAGUUGGUGCUCACUCAAGCAAACGUCGUGGUGUGGCUCGACUACCCGUUUUGGACGGUGUUGUGGCAAUUGGUGCGUCGCAGUGUGUCUCGGUGGUGGACCCAGGAGCUGCUGUGGGGCACCAACUACGAGUCUCUCUGGGUCCACCUAAAGCUUUGGUCAAAACACUCGCUCGUGCACUGGCUGUUCAAAACGUACUGGAACCGGAAGCGAGAGUACCCGCUACUGUUUCAGCAAUUUCCCCAUCUCGUCGUGCAUCACUUCACCCACCCCACCCAAACCCAGGCAUGGCUCGACUCCCUCCCCUCCACCACGCAGCAGCAUCCUCAUGUGGAAUAACACGACUGAUUGUGUGUUACUUCGAAGUAGAUAGUUCCCGUAGUGGCUCCCAAGUCACGAGUCGACGAUAUUUGUGUGAAAGGCGUCGAAAUGCUUCGCAGGUCUUUGAAAGGACUGAAUAACGUCCUUGUAGGCCGUUCCACUGUCUAGGCACUACAUAUUCGUACUGUUACUGUACCCUUUGAAUCAAUUUCAG